UAAAGCAAAACAAUAGAAAGAAAAUUCUUGAAGAGGUUGCUGGCCAGAGAUGGCGGAUGGGGUGUUGAGCACAGGCAUCAACCUGGAGGCUUUUGCCCAGGCUUUUGCGGCUAUCCAGGCGCUGCGCUCCAGCUUCACACGCGUCUUUGAUUGCCUCAAGGACGGCAGACACAACAAGGAGGCUUUGGAGGGCCGUGAGAAGAGCUUCCUCUCCAGCUUCCAAGAGAGCCUCCACUCUGUCAGCCGAGACUUGGGUGAACUGGAACGUCUAAGUAAUCUUGUAGGCAAGCCAUUGGAGAACCAUCCUCUCCACAAUAGUGGAUUGUUGAAUUUAGAUUCUGUUCAGGACAAAACACCCCUCUACAGCCAGCUGCUUCAGGCUUAUAAAUGGUCAAAUAAGUUGCAAUACCAUGCACGGCUGGCGUCUGGUCUUCUGAAUCAGCAGUCUUUGAAACGGUCAGCCAACCAAAUGGGGGAGUCUGCCAAACGGAGGCCGAAAGCCCAGCCUACCACCCUAGUGCUUCCACCUCAGUACGUUGAUGAUGUGAUCAGCCGCAUUGAUAGAAUGUUUCCUGAAAUGUCCAUCCACUUAUCAAGGCCAAAUGGGACCUCUGCAAUGUUACUGGUUACAUUAGGGAAAGUGUUAAAAGUCAUAGUGGUAAUGUGGGGCCUGUUCAUUGACCGAACAAUUGUCAAGGGGUAUCAUGAAAAUGUAUACACGGACGAUGGCAAGCUUGACAUAUGGUCCAAGUCCAACUAUCAAGUGUUUCAAAAGGUAACUGAUCAUGCUACUACUGCCUUACUGCAUUACCAGUUGCCUCAAAUGCCGGAUGUGGUGGUCAGGUCAUUUAUGACCUGGUUAAGAAGUUACAUAAAGCUGUUCCAGGCUCCAUGCCAGCUCUGCGGAAGGUUUCUGCAAGAUGGUCUACCACCCACAUGGCGGGACUUUCGGACACUGGAGGCGUUCCACGACACCUGUAGGCAGUAGUACAACCUGGAGGCUGACAGAAGUCUGUGGAGAAAACAGACUCAGAAGUUGGGUCCCAAUAAACACCUCUUUACUGUUUUUCCAAAUAUCU